AUGGCGAAUUUGCGGGCUAACACCAAGGUCGUCGUCGUUGGGGGAGGUGGGACGAUGGGCUCUUCAACCGCGCUGCACUUGGUACGGUCUGGGUACACUCCCUCAAACAUCACCGUUCUGGAUGUAUAUCCGAUUCCUUCCGCACAAUCUGCGGGUUAUGAUUUAAACAAGAUCAUGAGUAUUCGGUUGCGCAAUGCACCGGAUCUGCAACUGUCGCUGGAGGCACUCGAUAUGUGGAAGAACGAUCCGUUGUUCACGCCGUUCUUUCACAAUGUUGGCAUGAUGGACUGUUCGUCGUCGGAAGCGGGUAUUGCGAAUCUGCGACAGAAGCACCAAUCCCUCAUCAACGCCGGGCUCGGGAAGACAAAUGUCUGGUUGGAAAGCGAAGAUGAGAUCUUGGCGAAAGCACCGCAUUUCAGCCGUGAACAAGUCAAGGGCUGGAGAGCCGCAUUUUGCGAGGAUGGAGGCUGGCUGGCUGCAGCCAAGGCCAUCAAUGCGAUCGGACUCUUCUUGAACUCACAGGGUGUCAAGUUCGGGUUUGGCGGUGCCGGAACGUUCAAACGACCCAUUCUCUCCGCUGAUGGGACGGCAUGUCAUGGUGUUGAGACAGCAGAUGGAACGAAAUACUACGCCGACAAAGUGGUUUUGGCCGCCGGUGCAUGGAGUCCCACCCUGGUCGAUUUGGAGGACCAGUGUCUCUCGAAAGCCUGGGUCUUUGCUCAUAUUCAACUCACCCCCCAGGAAGUGGCCGAGUACAGGGACUCGCCUGUAGUAUAUGACGGGGAAUAUGGGUUCUUCUUCGAGCCCAACGAACAUGGCGUGAUCAAAGUGUGCGACGAGUUCCCCGGAUUCUCUCGCUUCAAGCAACACCAACCCUACGGUGCCACCUCUCCCAAACUCAUCUCCGUGCCCCGAUCACACGCCAAGCAUACUACAGAUACUUACCCAGACGCAUCUGAAGACACAAUCCGGAAAGCGAUCGCAAGAUUCAUGCCUCGCUUCAUGGACAAGGAGCUUUUCAACCGCUCUAUGUGCUGGUGCACGGACACUGCGGACGCCAAUCUACUAAUAUGCGAGCACCCCAAGUGGAAGAACUUGAUCAUGGCCACUGGGGACAGUGGACACUCGUUCAAGCUUUUGCCAAAUAUUGGCAAACACGUUGUCGAGCUGAUCGAAGGCUCUUUGUCGGAGAACUUGGCGCAUGCGUGGCGGUGGAGACCAGGGGGCGAUGCUCUUAGGUCCAUACGCGCUGGUCCAGCAAAGGACCUUGCUGACAUGCCUGGCUGGCAACAUGAUGCAAAGCUAUGA